AUGUCUGCCUCCUUUUUCUCGGCAGCAGACCUCGCGUUGGCACGUGAAUCACUGGCGCACGCCGAGCGCCCGACGUCGCCGCGGCUGCACCUGGCAACGAGUCACGAGACCGACCCGGGGCCACCGAGACCAGAAGCGCUGACGCCGCCAGAGACCGAUGGUGUGCCGGACACUGUUGUGCUUGUGGUUGACUACACCACAGACUGGUCGGCCGUCUUCUCACCACCGCUCUUCUUGCCCAACGGCUCACGGCUGGUGGUCGAGCAAGCGUCGUGGCAGGCCAUGGCCGUCGAGGCCAUCGGCCCAGAGUCUGGACACGUCGAGGUCCUCAUUCAGGCCGAGCCCGAGUCGCCAAACCCACAGGCAAGAACAAGUCCGCGCAGGGUCACCCCGCACGCCGUCAUCGUCCGCAACUUUCCCACCGAUCUCUCGGCUCGUGGCCAUGUCAAUGCACUUGUCGGCCUCGCCUUUGCCCGCCUCCCGGCGGUCAACUCGCUGCACUCUGUCUACAUGGGCAUGGAUCGGGCCAUGAUGUACGCUCAGCUGGCGGCUAUUGGCCGCGAGCCGGGUAUGGGUGCUGGCGACGUCGAUCCGCUGCCGCUAGUCCCCAUGCGGUACUGCGCCAACGCCAAGCUCGCGCUUGGCCUCGAGUUCUCGCCGCAGCCUGAAAUCGAGCCGCCAGCGGUAGUCAAGGUCGGCUCGACCCAUGCCGGGUUUGGCAAAGCACUCGCCCGCGACGCUGCCGCCCUCGAUGAUCUUGUCUCGAUCCUCAUGACCCAGGACGAGUACUACACCGUCGAGCCGUUCAUCGAGCACGCCUACGAGUAUCGCAUCCAGUGGAUCGCCGGCCAUGUCCGUGUUUUCCGCCGCAACUCGUCAACGUCAUGGAAGAACAACCGCGGCAACAUCUCGUUUGAGGACAUGGACGUCCUCCCGCACCACCGUGCGUGGGCCGCCGCUGUCGCUCGCUACACAUGGGGCGGCCUCGACCUAUUUGCCCUCGACGUCCUGCACAUUGCGCCUGAUCGCGAGCUCAUUCUUGAGAUCAACGACACUGCCUGUGGCUUUAUGCACGAGCACGAGUUUGAAGACGUCCGUCGCGUCCGCAACGCCCUCUACACCAAGCUUUCCCAGCUCGUUGACGCGUCGUCCGAGUCGACACCCUGA